AAUAGAGGUGACGUGAUGCUAUGAUCGGCACCAGCAGGCCGUCACCAUGCUUAUUAUUACAUAAAAGAUGUCAUUCCCGGAGAUGAGAUCAAUGACUCAGCUCAUCUAUAGCUCAACUACACAGCGACAUACGGUACUCGGGUUCAUUGGAGAUUGGGCGGCGCAUCUACACAGAAACAUACGGUAUUCGGAGUUCCGGGUUUACUGCUUGGUCUUCCGGCUACACCGUAAUGAUUGGAGAUCACGGGAGGAGAAGAGCAGCGCCCGGGGCCCGUAUAUUCUCCCGCACACGUUGUUUCAGUAAAAGAUUCGGCCCUCUGGAUCAGCUCCCAUGACAACCCCAGCUAUGCAGGACCACAAUAACCCGCGCCGGCUCCUGGGCCAUAUCCGCUGCGUCUUGGAGUGUAUUGACUGCUUCCGUCGCGCACAGCCGCUCCCUGAAGCCCUGUGUUACGUCCCCGGAGAAGUGCAGUACAAGAUCUGCAAGGACCUCAGUGCCGCUUCUGCCUCCCGCUCCCUGCUGACCGUGUGGGAGACCCCGGGGUACUCAAAACAGAACCUUAAGAAACUUUCCCGCGCCACUGUUGAAGUCCGCAAAGGAAGCUGUAUCAGGGCUACAGGGGAGGAAUACGGAAACGCCAACGGCCUCUGGGUGAAGUUAAGCAAGGAGCAGAUGGAUGAAUACAGGAGUAGUUGUGACAUGGCAGAGGGAUGGGUCCUACUCUGCAGACAAGAAGAGGGGGGUGACAAACUGGUUCCUGUGGAGUCCCCCGAUAAGACCACCAAACAACAGCAGUUAUUUGGAGUUGAUUACAGGCCCAUCAGCAGGUGGGAGGAGGUUGUGGACACUACGUACUCCAUGCGUCUGGGAAGAAAACCCAUAAGUACUGAACCAGAUGUUGAGGCUGUACAGAAAUUACGAUUUGUGCCUCCCUCCUGGACCUACGAGUGCGACGAGGAUUUGGUUCACUUUCUGUGUGAACACGUUGGGAAGGAGGAUGAGAGUCUGGGCAACAUGAAACAGUUUGUGGAGAGUAUUAACGUGUCCUCCGCCACGGAUGAUAACAACCUGUCUUGCCUGACGGACGGCUACCACGACACCUACUGGGAGAGUGACGGAUCUCACGGACAGCACUGGAUCCAGCUGCACAUGAAGGAAGGCACCAUUGUCAAGAAGCUGCUGCUGGCGGUUGACUCUACAGAUGAGAACUACAUGCCCAAAAGAGUUGUAGUGUAUGGGGGCGAAAGAGACAACCUGAAGAAACUCAAUGAUGUCCUCAUAGAGGAUAAUCUGAUUGGAGACGUGUGUGCCCUGGAAGAUAUGACGUCUCACUUCCCGCUCAUUGAGAUCCGGAUCACUGAGUGUUUUGAUGAAGGAAUUGAUGUCCGAAUACAUGGGAUAAAGAUUAAGUCAUCCAAAGAGAGAGAUUUAGGGCUCACGGCGGACAUGUUUCAUCCACCCAACCUGGUACGAUACCCACGUCUAGAAGCUAUUGAUCCAGACAUCCUAUACCGGAGAGCCAUGGUAAUCAAGAGGUUUGUCAAGCUGCUAGAUAAAGUUCUCCACCACCUCGUUCCCACCUGGGACCACAGUGUCGGCACGUUCAACCAACUGAAGUACAUUAAACAGUUCCUGCUGCUGUCCAAACGCCGCUCUCCGCUCACCACCCAGUGCUUGAAAGACUCCGAGACCAGUAAACCCAACUGCAUGCCUCGUCUGUACAUCAACCGGCGGCUGGCCGUGGAGCACCGGGAUAAUCCAACACUAGACCCCACCUACAAGAAGACCGUCUUCAGUCAGGUGUACGAAGGUCUAAAACCCACAGAUAAGGCAGAGAAGCCCCUGGACUACAGGUGGCCGGUGCGCUAUGACCAGUGGUGGGAGUGUAAAUUCAUCGCUGAGGGAAUCAUCGAUCAAGGCGGAGGUUUCCGUGACAGUCUGGCUGAUAUCUCAGAAGAGCUCUGUCCAAGCUCGGCAGACACUCCUGUGCCGCUGCCAUUCUUUGUGCGCACAUCCAAUCAGGGAAAUGGCACCGGAGAGGCCCGGGAUAUGUACGUCCCAAACCCAUCCUGUAGGGACCUGGCCAAAUACGAGUGGAUCGGGCAGUUAAUGGGCGCAGCCCUCAGGGGAAAAGAAUUCCUGGUCCUGGCGUUACCCGGCCUCGUAUGGAAGCAGCUGACCGGGGAGGAAGUCAGUUGGAGUAAAGAUUUCCCGGCUGUGGACUCUCUGCUUGUUAAGCUGCUGGAAAUGAUGGAGGUGAUGGAUAAAGACACGUUUGAGUUCAAGUUUGGGGAGGAGCUGACGUACACGACGGUCCUGAGUGAUCAGCGGAUGGUGGAGCUGGUGCCCGGCGGCGGCAGUAUAUCUGUGCGCUAUGAGGACCGCCUGGAGUUUAUCAGAAUGGUGCAGAAAGCUCGCCUGGAGGAGAGUAAGGAGCAGGUACAGGCCCUUCAGGCCGGGCUGCUGAAAGUCAUUCCUCAGGCUGUGCUGGAUCUCCUUACUUGGCAGGAACUGGAGAAAAAGGUCUCUGGGGACCCUGAGAUCUCUGUGGCAGCCCUAAAAAUGCUUACCAGGUUUGAGGAUUUGGAAGCAACUGAUAUUCGAGUUCAAUAUUUCUGGGAAGCCCUGAAUAACUUCACAAAUGAGGACCGCAGCCGCUUCCUGAGGUUUGUCACAGGGCGGAGCCGUCUUCCAGCCCCAAUCAACAUCUAUCCAGAUAAAUCAUCUGGCUCUGAUAACUCCCUACCAGAGUCAUCAACAUGUUCUAGCACCUUGUACCUUCCAAGCUACCCCAGUGCCAAGAUCUGCGAGGAGAAGCUGCGCUAUGCCGCCUACAACUGUGUCGCCAUCGAUACGGAUAUGAGCCCAUGGGAGGAAUGAACAGAUUGGGUCUGGAGCUGCAAAGAGUUAAUUCAUUACUGCAUCCAAUAUAAACGUUUAAUGAGGCUGAAUGCAUGGAGCAGAGUCUGCGUCACUGUAUAGAUGUCCUGGGCAGACAGAAUUCAUGACAUUAUAUUUUUAUAUGGCUGUGGCACUAUAUUAUGAAAUGGAAGAACUAACUAUACCUGCUUGUGGUGAAUGAUUGCGCCCGCUGUCACGGAUGGCACACACGGUCUAUGCGCAAGUUGGUCUUCACCACUGGCAUAUGCGUUGCUGGCACUCCCUGCUGAUUGGUCCAGCACAGUAUUUACGACCGUCCUAUAAACAGGGGCAUAUAUGCUGUAUUAAAGCGAUGAGAUCAGUGUCUAGUUUAGUUAUAAUAGAUGAGGUUGGAUUUCGUCACUGCGGCACUGGGAUUGGUAACUGUAGCCCAAAGAUGGGAGUCCCCUAUUGCCCAAUAUCAGCUUGUGUGGCCAGGACUAUUGCUGAAUGCAUUGUCUUCCAGACAUAGGUCUAAUCGUAUUGUAAUAAGCUCAAUAUCUUAAACGUAAUAUGAAAACCCCUUACCUCCUGGCGUCAGUCGCUGGACUGAUCAGAGCUGGGAUCUGAGUGAAUAUGCUUUGGGUCAUCUGUGGGAUCAUUAAAUGGCAGAUGAGAUUUCA